CUUCAAACCACAUGGGGAAGGGUAGCUGUAGCCAGGGAGUGCUGACAGCAGGUUAAUGUGUGAUAAUAAGGCUGGUAUUACAGACACCGAGUAAGGUGAACAGGACCCGGGUUCCCGGAAAUAGCAUUAAAGGGGCCUGGAUCACGGCUGUGGAGGAGGCAGUAGCCUGUUACCGGAGAGCAGCAUAGGGAAACCCUGUGUAAUGAGCAAGGAGGACCGGUGUUUCAGAGUAUGCUUGUUCCUAUUAAUACACAGAGCUGCCAGAUCUGAGGCAGAUUAAAUGGAUCCCCAAGCAGUCACUGACAAUGUGUUGCAGAGGAAGAGAAAGCUGACUUAUGUAGUCAUUGGAUUCAUUUUUCUGCUGAGCGGCAUUGAAUAUGCUGUGGUCUUGCCAACGAUAUGGAUGUAUCUACAAGAACUUGAUGCUCAGCCUUUCUUUUUGGGACUUGUUCUCUCAGCCUUCAGUCUCACUGAACUAUUGGCAGGUCCUUUGUUUGGGUAUUGGUCGGAUCGCACUGGACAGACCAAGUUUGUCAUCCUAUUAAGCAACUGCUUUGAGAUUGCAGGAAAUUUUAUAUACUUUGUUGGAAUCUCCAAGUGGCUUCUUCUCAGCAGUCGUUUGGUAGCAGGUAUUGGUGCUGGUGCAGGUGCUUCAAUAUUUGGCUAUUUGACGAGAACGUCCAGCUCCCAGGAUCGUGUGACGGUGUUUGCUAUGGCCAUGUCAUGCCGGCAAGUAGGGCUCUUAAUAGGUCCUGCAUUUAAUGUCUUCCUGAGAUACUGUAAUUUCAACAUUGGCCCUUUUCAUGUGAACAAAUUUUCAGCACCUGGAAUAUUUAUGUGUGCACUUUGGACUCUGAUGCAGUUAAUGGUGCUUUUCAUGUUUUAUGAUCUCCCAAUGAAGCCUCCAGAAGCACUAGAGAAAGAAAAUGAACCUCUCUUGAAACAAACAGAGAAUCUGAAUCCAGAAUUGACUCCAUCAUAUGGCACAAUCAACAGCACCCACAAGCCAUCAACAGAGGACGCUGACACUACCGAGUAUUCUUCAAACACUUGCUCCCCCACUUCACAGAUUAUCACAUGCAAUCCAGAACACGGGGCACAAGAUGGAAACUGCAACAAUAUCCAGAAUGCAACAGGGUUUGUUCGGGAGGAGAUCGUAACGUUACUUGCAGCUCAAUUUGUAACAUUAUUUAACCAAACUGCACUAGAGACCCUGGUCACACCCCUUGCCCAAAAAUACCUUGGUUUUCAAGAUCUACAGAACUCACUCCUUUAUUUCUUGUGUGGGAUUGAGCUGCUGAUUGGAUUCCUAGCUGUCCGUACUCUCAGUCCUUGUUCUUCUGAUCGUGCUCUUCUUAUAUUCGGACUUGUGGUCUGUAUCAUAUCCUGUAUAUGGUGCCUUGUAUUUCUGGCAAAACCCAGAGGAGGUUAUGGCCUUUUAAUGGGGGAGUUUGUAGUUGGAGUAUUUCUACAAAUCCUUGGACUGCCCUUCGUGGCAGUUCCCCAGGUGUCUCUGUUUUCAAAGCUGACAGCUGAGAAUACUCAGGGUUUCAACCAUGGGAUACGGCGAGCAAUGGGUGGUAUAGCCACAAUCAUGGGUCCUUUGUGGGCAGCGGGUUUGAUAGAGAAUUUGUACAUAAUGCUCGGGGUCAUGAUGGGUCUACUUCUCCUGGUUACGGUAAUGGUUGGUGCAUCAUAUAAAUACCUGCUGGAACCCAUAAAUACAGAAGUCCAUGUUCCUAGAUGAUGAGGAGUUUAAACUACAUUUCUUUCCAAUUUUGUACUGAAGACGUUUGGGGACUUGGCCUGUUGGCAAAGACAUGAGACCUCUUCAAUGCUUUGCUAGUCAUGAGCUGCUAAAUGCCCAUCUACCUCACCACCUGUCCGCUUCACGUGAUACACAGGACUCGUUCAGUUUCACUCCUGUUUCUUAAUAGUUUGGUUUGCAGAUAAACUAAUUAAUUAAAGCUAAAUAGAUUGCUUGAAA